AUGCCGUUUCCCUUUGUUCUCGUGUGUGACUUGCUGGACGAGUGCCACCGACUCUGCGUCGCAAAUAAGUCCAACACACAGGCUGUGGUCGACUGGUUUGCACGGCACCGCGGCCGCCUCGACGCGCAUGACACAGACCUGGCUGCCUUGCUUUCCACUUUGCUACCAGAGAAACGGACAGACCGAGUUUACUGCAUCAAAGCCCCGACCCUGGAGAAGAUCAUCGGGAGGGCCUUGAUGCUCGGAUCGUCCCGAAUCGUGGAACUCGCCUUGUACAAACAGCCCGGGCAUGUAGAAGCAAUCGACGAGGUUUUGCACAGCUUGGCGUCGAGGAUCAAAUGGAGCUCCCCGUGUAUUCGAAAUUCAGAAGCCGCCCUGGCUCCGCGGGGGCGAUGUGACCUGGAAGAUCUCUAUCGUCGUCUCACUGCGCGCGAGGCCAAGUGGUUUACACGACUUGUCCUGAAGGACUACCAGCCGGUUAUUUUGGAUUCCCAGCUCGUGUACCGCUGCUGCGAUCCAAGCCUGCCCCUCAUCCUCAAAGCGCAAGACGACUUUGCAACUGCCAUCCAAACGCUACAAUCGGCCAAGGGUAGCCUGCUCCCUAAUUCUACGAGAAGCUCUCCGCGGAGGAAUAGGAUCCUUGCAGCGGCUAAACCAAAAUUGGGGGUCAAGGUAGGGAGACAGAAUUGGCUCAAAGGCCGCAGCAUCAAACAUUGCCUAGAUAUGGGACAUGGACGCAUGAGCGUGGAGCAAAAGAUCGACGGCGAGUAUUGCCAAAUACAUGUCGACCUAGCUGGCGGAAAACCAAGAGUUCAGAUUUUCUCCAAGAGCGGCAAGGACAGCACGGAGGACAGACACAACUUACAUGGAGUAAUUGUCAAAUCUCUCGGCUUUGGCACGUCAAACUGCAGUGUGCGGAAAGGCUGCAUCCUCGAGGGAGAACUGGUGGUGCAUAACGAUGUGGAGAACAAGACGAUGCCGUUCCACAAAAUCAGGAACCAUGUCGCACGACGUGGUCGGCUCAUGGGCACUGACCUGGAUUCACCGCCACGUUGGUAUGAGAAUUUGAUGAUUGUGUACUAUGAUAUCCUCCUCCACGAUGACCAAUCGUUGCUAGGCGUCCGCCAUUCUGAAAGAUUCAAAUUGUUACAAAAGACAAUCAAUUGCGAGCGGGGCCGAGCGGAAUUGGUAAAACGGACGCUCAUAGACUUUCAUCGCACAAGCGCGGCUUCAGAGCUGCGAAAGGCAUUCGCUAACGUUAUCACUGGUAAAGGGGAGGGCUUGGUGCUCAAGCCGGACGACCCGUAUUUCAACUUUGAAGCCCACCAUGGUCGCACUUCAGGCCUAUGUAUCAAGCUCAAAAAGGAAUACAUUGGCAACUUCGGCGACGUGGGAGACUUCGCUGUUGUCGGGGCAGGCUUCAAUUCUGCAAGGGCAAGGUCCUACAGGAUUCCUCAUCUUCAAUGGACCGUAUUUUUCGUGGGCUGCUUGACCAACAAGGAAGAAGUCAGGCGGUGGGAUGCCAAGCCAAGAUUCACCGUCGUCAGCGCCGUGGAGAUUACAGAGCCACUUCUCAAAAGCUUCAUAUCUCACUGCAGUCCUGUGUCGGUCCCAAUGUCCAAGAAUGACAGGACAAAGCUACUCGUUCCGAAGGGCAUUGAGGCCAACGCUCCGCUGACCGUGGCGUUUCAAAACCCAGCUGUUUUCGACUUGAGGUGCUUCAGCUUUCACAAACCGGGCAACAUGGGCUUUUGGACGCUGAGAUUUCCUGCCGUCUCCAAGAUACACUUUGACAGGGACUUUUCGGACACGGUCACGUUUGACGAGCUGCAGGAGAUGGCCGAAAACGCAAGGGCAACUCCGGACCUGGAAGACAGUCAAGAGAACCUUGAAUGGAUUGCCAGGCUGGAAGGGGCCGAUCCCAGAGGGCGCGCGGUCGAUGCCGUCAGUCAGCUGACGGCUACGACGAUGCCUACCCCUUCGCCGUGCAGCUCCAGAACGCCUUUGCCGCCAAUAAUGCAGCGGUCGCUGAGCGAAAUUCCCCAAGUAGCCAGGAUUCAUGACAAGAGUCAAAAAUCAACUGCCGUUUCGACUGCAUCGCUCUUCACCCCGCCUACUUCUUCUCCGCCGGAACAAGAGCCCCAGACACCAACGAGGGAGAGCAAACGGAAGUACGCGACACCGUCUGCGCCCGUCGCGGAACCGAUACCAAAACGCCGUCUCUCGACGACAGGCUGCUCGUCACCAGUAUCGGCGACCAAGAUGUCGCGGAGGCCUUUAGAUGAUAUUGAUGGCGAUGUCUCUCAGCAGCUUGCGACGCCGCGUUCGUCGCUUCCUGUGAGCGGUCGGACAGAUCAGCGCCUUGGAUUCGACAGGAUGCCGUCACAUAGACGAGGAACGCAGAAGGAUGCAGCUUCUGAUGCAGCUUGUGAGCGAGCUGGUCCUGCAGAGGGCGAGCCUGACUGCACGCCAACUGGUAUUUCUUCCCCUGUAGCAGCUCAGAUGACAAACACAUCAUCUCGAUUCAGGAGUAGGUGCAAGUUUGCUGGCGAUAAGUGCCAUCUAUCUGCGUGCACGAUCCUUCUGGCUUCGAGGGCACUGGGGCCCUCGUCAGAGCGGACGGCGCUGCUAGACGUCCAUGGUGCGUCCGAAUUUGCGGUAUCGUUGGAUGACUGGGCACGGGAAAACAACCAUGGCGCCACGUUGGGCAACGACAAGUCUCUGCAGAGCAUCAUCCUGGUUGACACGGUAGACAAGGCCAGCGAGACUAAGCUUGUGCUGGCCGAGGUGGAAAGAGCUCGAAAGGAAGUGCCCCGGAAAACGCGGGGGUGGAUAGCGGUGUACGAUUGGCGAGUGUUGGAGCAUCUCAAGGUGAUGGAGGAUGAAGAAACGGAGACCAAGUAUUACGAUGGGUUCCAUGACCCUUGGCGGAGGUGGUACUGUGGAAUUGUAUAG